GCCGGUGAACGCAUCGGAGGAUUGCGUCAUCUCCGUUCAGUUUAUUUCUUCACAACAUCGUGCUUCUCAAAACUUAAAACAAUCAAAACCCCUCUGAACCAUCCAAUCAUUCGUACAAAUAAUAAAUCCACGUGAUAAUAUCCAUUCAUGAAAUAAAUUCCGUGUUUGUGAUGGUUGCAUUUGAAUCGGAGGUCACACCAAUGACACGAAUGUGAAUAGCCAUUGAAGAGAAUUGAGAAUUGUUUAACGUGCCCUUGAGUAUUGUUGCGAGAAGUGUGGUGAAUCAUCUGUUCAUUCAUAAAAUUUUAUAACACCGGUGACUUCGACGGUUGGUAAACGAUGUUGUUCGCCGGUUUUCUCUGUCAGAGACGCCGGCGUCGUCUGGAGUUCCAGCAGCCACCCACCGUCAUCCUCAGUGAUAAAGUUAAACAUAAAAUCUGAAAAGAGAGAAAUCAAAAUACCAACGCUAUUUUUAUCGUGAAAAUUUGUGUGAAGUGAUAUCCAGUGUACAACGACUUGUGAAAAGUGUUUUUCCGUUCGUUAAUUUUGGUGAGGAUAAAACUAGUGGUGCCGUGUGCAACGGAUCAUUCCAGUUGAUAAUCCAUUAACUUCAAGGAGUUAUUUACAUCGAGAAAAUAGCAGAAUGGAUGACUUGGCGAUGACAGCUGCAGGAUCAACUUCAAAUCCCCCAGUCAGUCCAAAUGACGACAUCAACUGGUUCGCUGGUAUUGCUGAGGAGGAACUACUGUAUUACACUAGUAAUGAUGUUGACUCCCUCUGGGCUGUCAUUGGCAGCUUUGUUCCACCUCCACCACGACCCCCUUAUCUCCCUGAAGAGGGCAUCUCCACAGAUGGUCUCACUACCUGUGAUCUUUGUACCUGGGCACUGCGUAAUGACAGGCACUUAUCGUUUUCCCUGGAUGGCACACUCGAGGCACCUGGUGAAUUUGGCUGGGUCUUGACACUCAUUAUUGUAUCGCUCAUCUCAGCAGCGAUUGGGGCUGUCGUUAUGGUUACCCUUCUUCACUGCAGAAGAAUAAAAAGCGCCGGUGGCAGAGGCGGUUGCUGCGGCGUAGGCGUUGAUGAGGCGAAUCCCCAGGAGCCCGUCACCUCGGGGGCUGGCGGUGUAGCUGGAGGCGGUGGGGUAUCGGUUAUACCUGAUAGACCGCCACUAGAACUUGAUAAGCUACCCCCUUAUCAUGAUGUUACACCUACCCCUGGACAUAACGUAUGGUCCUGGCUGGGUUCUCGUCGUGGAGGUGGCACAGCCGGGGUUGUAACGACCCCCCUGAGUCUACCACAGCAUCGUUGUGCCAUUAAUUUACCAGUUGAAAAUCACUACACCCACAUGCAGACUGAUGAGGCACUGUACGCUGAAUUGGACUCACAGACAGCGAGUUAUGCCAGUGAUCUACAAUUACAGCUGAGGGGUAGUUCGACGUAUGGCGAUGGUGUUACAACACCAGGUGAUGAGGAUGAGUACCACGAGCUGGAUGCAUCACGUCUCCACAGGAGAUACUCAACCAGUGAUAAUGAGACACUAAAGAGGGAUUCAAUCAGAACGAGACAUAGUCAGAGGUUAAAAGAGCCUGAUUACGAGAUGUACGAGAAUGGGCCAUCCACUCCAAUCCCACCACAUACUCAAAAUCAUCAUCAUACUCAUCCACAUCCUCAUCAUCAUCAUCACCAUCAUCAUCACCACGUUCAGAGUCAAAGGAAUAAUGGCAGUGCUGGUGAUGUUAAUCCCUCUUACCAAAAUACUGGAUACACAGGUAGUGAUAAUGAACCUGAUGGACCUUUUCUCAGCAGUGCACCCAGUAGCGCUUACUACAGCGAUUUGAGCUCGAAUUCCACUAAUCACCAGUCGAAUCUACCAGCUUUGAACACACCGAUUAAUCAGGACCAGGGACAAUACAGAUUGGCAGCGAUUAAUGAGUCAACGACACCCUCGGAUUAUAUCUGAUUCUAAACAAUUAUUAUUUCAUGAUGAGGGAUAAACGGAGGAUUCCCUCAGAGCACCUGAGCAACUCCUCUUCAUCUUCAAAUUGCACACAAAUAUAUUCAGGGGAUUCAGGGGUUUUGGGGGACAGUCACAUGCUGUGCUCACGCCUUUCUUUUGUUCGAUGAUGAUUAGCAUCACCAAAAAGCCAGGAUACAGUGGAAGCAUUGCCCAAAAUUUGCACGAGUACGAAUCUGAUGAAGUUAUUUUCUGGAACAGGUGUUUCGUAAUUCGACGUCCGCACUGGUAGCCCCUUAGGGACUUCUUCCCUCUCAUUCUUCCCCUCUUCCUGCCAUCAUUCUUUAUAUAUUUUUUUCUCUCAACCAGCCAAUGUUCAAUGGACCCAAUCUCAACCUUUCUCCUCUGUUUUUUGAAUUUCUUUUUUUCAAUGUUCUCUUUUUUUUUUGCUAUUGGCUUCCCUCGUGUUUUGCUUUUACUCAAUUCCGUUUCGCCCGUCGUACCUUCACGACGCACGCAACAAUGAAACCAACACUAUAAAACGAUAAACUGGUUAUAGCUGUGGGGAGACAAAAAGCUGUUGGAAAACAUUUAUUAGAAAGUUAAAAAAAUGAGGAGGGAGAAUGGAAUUUUAACAUAUCGAUUGAACGUUGUCAGGAUAUCAUUAAUGUCCCCUUUGGUGCAUAUCCUGUGUACGUGGAGAGAAGACAGGUCGCCUCCAUACUUACACGAAGUUUAAUUUAUUAGUAACGAGAAAGCCGUGGCACAAGACACUGUGGGUGCCUGUGGUUGUUGCCCUUUUUUUUUGUCUUCAUUUCUUUUUUUAUUGAAGCGUCAAUGUGUACGAGUGUGAAAGACAAAGAGGCGCAACAGAUGCAACAAUGCAUUGGAGUACAGAGCCUAGCGGCCACGGAGUAAUUAAUUGCUGGUCUCGCGGUCACAAUGUGCAGAUGAAAAGAAAAGGUCGGGGAUGGAGAGAGAAACUGGCGGCCUGAGAAGCUAAAGCCUCAGAAGAAUCUUCAGAGGGUUUUUGCUACGGAAGACUCGAGUUUUGAGUGGUAACACUUAUGUUUCGCUGAGUUUUUUGGAAAUAGCGAGGAAAUGAGAGGAGAUAGCAGGAUUGUCGUCCCAAUCUUUUUUGUAGAACUUUUUAAAUGCUAGGGAAAAGGUUAUUACGGUCAUUGCGAUAUCUUCGUUAGUUUCUGGGUUAAAGUGAAUUUUCUCGUUUAUCACUUUAGUAUGCAAGAAUGAAAUUUUAUAGAAAUGAGUGGAAUUUUUAAUUUAUUGUGAUUUUUUUUUUUGAAGAUUGGUGUGAGGGUUAUCUUGAGAGAUAAGCAAUUACUGAAUUACAGAGUAUUUCAGUGUUUUUAGGAGAUACUGAAGUAAUAUAUCAUUUUAAGUGUAAAAAAUAUUGAAUUUUACAUUUUUUUUUAAGAUGUAAAAUUUAGUUGAAACAUAAUGGAGAGAAAAUUAUUAUCAGUAAUAAUUUAACUGAAGAAGUACUGUAUAAAGGCUUGAGUACAUGUCACUACUCAAAAAUCGUGAAAGUAAAUGAACAUAUAGGAGAACAAUGACAUUCUCACUUAGACCUAGUGAUGUAAAUAUUCCUCGUCGUUUUGAUAAAUUAUUUAUAUUCAAAUAGAGUUUAUCCGUGUGAUUGAGCGAUUGUACUGGGCUCUUAGAGCUGUCAAUUGAUAAUGCGAAUGGUGAAAAAUGUUUUUAUCUAAAAUUGAAAAUGCAUAUCAGGUCUGAUGAAUGAGACUAAAACGUGUGAACGCUGAAAAGGGGAACGCGAAAAGCCAAGGAGACACGUGCACAUGAAUCACCGUCUCGUGGGAAGAAUUAAAGACGUGAAAAAAAUGUGGAAUAAAAAAAACGGCGAAGAGAUGGGGUAGAGGGUAGA